CUUCCAAGCUGGCUCUUUUCGUUUUCCCUUGAAAGGAACCACAUUGAAUCUGCAAGAACGUCCUAAAAGAACUGAAACUCAACAUGGGCCUUGCCACGUGGGUUUUGGCCUUGGUGGUCCUCUCUUUGUUCCAUCAACACACCAGUGGUGGACUCAUCAAGAGAAUUAUUCGACAGAAGAGAGAGACAGGGAUCAAUGUCACUUUGCCCGAGGACAACCAGCCUGUGGUUUUUAACCACGUCUAUAACAUUAAAAUCCCUGUUGGGUCUCUUUGUUCUGUGGACUUGGAGUCAGCCAGUGGGGACUCAGAGCUCAAACCUCACAUCGAGCCCAGCCAACAUUACGAGGAGCACACACUGAACGAGGAAAACCAGAUCGUCUUCACGCACAAAAUCAACAUCCCACGGCGAGCCUGUGGCUGUGCAGCGGGCCCCGAUAUCAAGGACCUCUUAAACAGACUUGAGGAACUGGAGGGGCUGGUCUCCUCUCUAAGAGAUCAGUGUGCCAGUGGUGUUGGCUGCUGCCCCAGUGGGCAACCUGUUGAAGGUCGCAUCGAUGCCACGCCCUACUGCAGCGGACGAGGGAAUUACAGCAAUGACAUCUGUGGUUGCAUUUGUGAACCUGGCUGGAAAGGACCCAACUGCUCUGAACCAGAAUGCCCCCAGAAUUGCAACAACAGGGGACGGUGUGUUAAUGGCAAGUGUAUUUGUGAUGAAGGCUUCACUGGGGCAGACUGUGGGCAGCUGGCAUGUCCCGGGGACUGUAACGACCAGGGCAAAUGUGUGGAUGGCCAGUGCGUGUGCUUUGAGGGCUAUGCCGGUGAGGACUGUAGUCUUGAAGUGUGCUUGGUGCCAUGCAGCGAACACGGGAAGUGUAUCAAUGGACAAUGCAUCUGCAAGGAAGGCUUCAGUGGGGUAGACUGCAGCGAGCCGCUGUGCCCAAACAACUGCAAUAACCGAGGUCGCUGUGUGGAAGAGGAAUGUGUGUGUGAUGAAGGUUACACAGGUGACGACUGUAGUGAGCUCAUCUGCCCUAAUGACUGUUACGACCGGGGCCGUUGUAUCAAUGGCACUUGCUACUGUGAUGUAGGCUUCACUGGGGAGGAUUGUGGGGACCUGGCUUGUCCCAACAACUGCCACAAUCAGGGCCGCUGUGACAAUGGGGUGUGUGUCUGCUAUGAAGGGUUCACAGGGGAUGACUGUGGCGAUCGGAGGUGUCCCAAAGACUGCAACGAACGUGGCCGUUGUAUUAAUGGGCAGUGCGUAUGCAACGAGGGCUUCUUGGGCUUUGACUGUGGGGAGGUGAGAUGCCCCAAUGACUGCAACAACCAGGGGCACUGCGUUGAUGGACAAUGUGUGUGUGAAGAAAGGUUCAUGGGAGAGGAUUGCAGCAAGCUGAGGUGCCCCAACGACUGUAACAACAGGGGACGUUGUGUCAAUGGGCAAUGUGAGUGUGACGAGGGAUUCAUGGGAGAGGACUGCAGAGAACUGAAGUGCCCAAAUGACUGUCACCAUCGUGGGCGAUGCCUCAAUGGCCUGUGCCUCUGUGAUGAGGGAUACACAGGGGAAGACUGUGCUGAACGGAGGUGCCCCAACGACUGCAACAAUCGGGGACGCUGCGUCAAUGGCCUGUGUGUGUGUGACGAGGCCUUCAUCGGCGUGGACUGUGGUGAACUAAGGUGCCCCAAUGACUGCAACAAUCAUGGCCGCUGUAUCAAUGGGCAGUGUGUGUGUGAUGAGGAGUACACAGGCGAGGACUGCUCAGAACGGAGGUGCCCCAAUGACUGCCGUAAUCGUGGGCGCUGCGUCAAUGGGGUAUGCGUGUGCAACAAAGGCUUUGUCGGCGAUGACUGCGGAGAAUUGGCUUGUGUGAACAACUGUAAUGACCGAGGCCUCUGUGUCAAUGGGCAGUGUGUGUGUGAUGAGGGCUUCACUGGGAUGGACUGCAGUCAGCGGCGGUGCCCCAAGGACUGCAACAACCGGGGGCGAUGCGUCAACGGACAGUGUGUGUGCGAUGAGGGAUUCCAAGGGAUCGACUGCAGCGAACGAUCCUGCCCAAACAACUGCAAUGAUCUUGGUCGCUGCAUAGAUGGACAGUGCAUCUGUGAUGAAGGCUACAUAGGGGACGACUGUUCUGAUGUAUCUCCUCCAAAAGAACUGAUGGUGACAGAUGUGACAGACAAAACUGUCAACCUUGAAUGGAAGAAUGAAAAUAUAGUCACCGAAUACCUCAUCACCUACAUUCCAACUGGCACUGGUGGCUUAGAACUGCAGUUCCGAGUCCCUGGAAACCACACGUCUGCCACCAUUCGGGAACUGGAACCCGGUGUAGAAUAUUUUAUUCGUGUCUUUGCCAUCCUAAAGAACAAGAAAAGCAUCCCAGUUAGUGCCCGGGUGGCCACGUAUCUGCCUGCCCCAGAUGGCUUAAAGUUCAAGUCAGUUAAAGAAACUUCUGUGGAGGUGGAGUGGGACCCCCUGGAUAUCCCAUUCAGUGGAUGGGAAAUCGUCUUUAACAGCUUGAAAGAGGAAGACAACGGAGGAAUAAGAAGCAGCCUGGAGAGACCGCAAACAUCAUACUUGCAGCCAGGCCUGGCCCCAGGACACCAAUAUAAUGUGUCCCUUUAUGUUGUGAAGAAUCAGACCAGAGGACCUGGCCUCUCUAGGGUGAUAACCACAAGACUUGAUGCCCCUAGCCAAAUCGAGGUGAAGGACGUUACAGACACCACAGCACUGAUCACCUGGUUUAAACCCUUUGCCGAAAUCGAUGGCAUUGAGCUCACUUAUGGGCCCAAGGAGGUCCCUGGGGACCGAACAUCUGUCGACCUCUCUGAGGAUGAAAGCCAAUACUCCAUUGGCAAUCUGAAACCACACACUGAAUAUGAGGUGACACUCGUGUCCCGACGCGGUGAUAUGGAGAGCGACCCUGUGACAGAGAGCUUCACCACAGAUCUGGAUGCUCCAAAAAAUCUGAAGCGCCUCUCUCAGACAGACAGCACCAUCACCCUGGAGUGGAAGAACAGCCAAGCGACCCCUGAAGUUUACCGGAUCAAGUACGCACCCAUUUCUGGUGGUGAUCAUGCCGAAGUCACAGUGCCCAGAAGCAGCCAAGCCACAACCAAAGCGACCCUCACUGGAUUGCGGCCCGGAACAGAAUACGGCAUUGGCGUGACUGCAGUGAAGCAGGACCGAGAGAGUGCUCCUGCCACAAUUAAUGCUGCAACUGAUCUGGAUAGUCCCAAGGAUUUGGAAGUCAGCGAUCCUACUGAAACCACUCUCCUAUUGCGCUGGAAAAGACCCCUGGCCAAAUUUGAUCGCUAUCGCCUUACUUACGUAACCCCCACAGGGAGGAAGAAUGAAAUAGAGAUCCCAGCAGACAGCACAUCUCACAUCUUAAGGUCACUAGAUGCUGGUGUCGAGUAUGCCAUCAGCCUUGUGGCAGAGAAGGGAAGACACAAGAGCAAACCUUCCACUGUGACAGGUUCCACUGAGGAGGAACCUGAGCUGGGGAAUUUGUCAGUCUCAGACGUUCACUGGGAUGGAUUCCAGGUCAGCUGGACAACAGCAGAAGGGGCCUAUGAGAACUUUAUCAUACAGGUGCAGGAGUCGAACCACUCUGAAGUCAUGCAGAACCUUACAGUUCUGGGAAGUAUACGGUCUGUGGACAUCACUGGCCUCCAGCCUAACGUUUUGUACAUUGUCACCCUCUAUGGUGUAACUCAGGGCUACAGGACAAAACCCAUCAGGGUUCAGUCCAUCACAGCAACAAUACCGGAAGUCAGUGGUCUAAUUGUUUCUGGCCUUACCUCUGAGAGCUUCAACCUUUCCUGGACAGCCGCCGAAGGAGCCUUUGAGACGUUUACCAUUGAACUGAUUGAUUCUAACAGGUUGCUGGAACCGAUGGAAUACAACAUCUCAGGCCAUUUAAGGACUGUUCACAUCUCAGGGCUAUCCCCCAGCACUGAUUUCAUUGUCUACCUCUAUGGUUUCACACGGGGCUACCGUACUCAGGCAAUAAGCAUUUCAGCAACGACAGUAGCUGCGCCUCUCCUUAGCAAACUCAUAGUGUCAAAUACUACAUCUGACAGCGUGUCCCUCACAUGGGAAGCACAGGACAUGGCCUUUGACCAUUUUCUCUUAGAUGUUAGCAGCAUCCAACACCAGCCACUGGAAUCUCAGCUGCACACAAUACCAGGGGACAGACAAAGCUUUGUCCUUACCAAUCUAAGACCGAAUUCUAGUUAUACCCUUCGGCUUCAUGGCCUGGUUGAUGAGCAAAGUAGCCAGACCUUGACAACUCUGGCUACCACAGAGGUCGAGCUACAGCUGAGCAUGCUCACACUCACAAAUGCUAACUCCAACAGCUUCAACCUCUCCUGGACCACGAGAGAUGAAUCUUUUGUCAAGUUGGCUGUAAAUGAUAGAGAUUCGUAUUCAGACCAUGAACCGCAGAAGCUUACGGUAUCAGGGGAGGCUUACAGCACUGCCAUCUCAGGCCUGGUAGAUUAUCCUGAAUAUGACAUGAAUGUUCAGGGCACAACCACAGGAGGGGGUGCCCCUGAGCCCCUCAUUUCUUUGGUGAUGACAGAGGUCCUUCCGCCACUGGAAAACCUCACUGUCUCAGGAAUUAAUCCGUAUGGGUUUACAGUGUCCUGGAUGGCCUCAGAGAAUGCCUUUGACAGCUUUCUAGUAAUCGUGGUGGAUUCUGGCAAACUGCUGGACCCCCAGGAAUUCUUCCUUUCAGGAACUCAACGCCAACUGACCCUUAGAGGCCUUAUUACCGGCAUUGGCUAUGAGGUUGUCCUUUAUGGCUUUGCCUUCGGUCGCCAAACCCGACCCUUAAGUGUUGUUGCUCUAACAGAAGCAGAACCCGAAGUUGACAACCUUCUGGUUUCGGAUGCUACCCCAGAUGGUUUCCGUCUCUCUUGGACAGCUGAUGAAGGAGCAUUUGACAGUUUUGUUCUUAAAAUCAGGGAUGCCAAUAGGCUUGUAAACCCUCUGGAACUAAUUAUACCAGGUCAUGAACGCACCCAAGAUAUAACAGGGCUGAAGGAAGGCACCGAAUAUUACAUAGAUCUCUAUGGAGUUACCAGUGGACGGCGUUCCCAGCCUGUAAAUGCAAUUGCGACAACAGCUAUGGGAGCUCCCAAGGGACUCAGUUUCUCAGAUAUCACCGAAAACUCUGCCAUCGUCAGCUGGACUGCCCCAAGAGCACGAGUGGACAACUUCCGGAUUUCCUACGUUCCAGUUACAGGAGGUACCCCCAGUAUUGUAACAGUUGAUGGAAACAAGAGUAGAACCAAGCUGGUAAAACUGAUUCCAGGUGUAGAGUACACUGUCAGUAUCGUCUCUGUCAAAGGAUUUGAAGAAAGUGAACCUGUUUCUGGAUCUCUAACCACAGUGUUGGAUGCCCCAUCAGGACUGGUGGCUGUCAACAUCACAGACUCUGAGGCGCUGGCUGUCUGGCAGCCAGCAAUAGCUGCAGUGGACAGUUACGUUAUUUCCUACACUGCCGAGGGUGAGCCAGAAGUGACUAAGAGUGUCUCGGGCAACACAGUAGAAUAUGAUCUUACUAACCUUCGUCCCGCUGCUGAAUAUACUCUCAGGAUGUAUGCUGUUAAAGGACCGCAGAGAAGCACUACUGUCUCCACCAAAUUCACUACAGGCCUUGAUGCUCCAAGGGAUCUGACUGCCACUGAGGUCCAGUUUGAAACAGCAUUACUGACCUGGAGGCCUCCGCGCGCUUCUGUUACUGGUUACCUCCUCAUCUAUGAGUCCAUUGAUGGCAAAGUCAAGGAAGUCAUACUGGGACCUGAAUCAACUUCCUACAGCUUGUCGGAUCUCAGUCCAUCCACCCAGUACACGGUGAAAUUGCAAGCGCUCAACCGGAACCUGAAGAGCAAGAUAAUCCAGGCAGUUUUCACCACAACUGGACUUCUUUACCCUUACCCCCGAGACUGCUCUCAGGCUCUUCUGAAUGGAGAAACUGCAUCUGGCCUCUACACCAUAUAUGUGAAUGGGGACCAGUCCCAGCCUCUUGAGGUGUAUUGUGACAUGUCUUCUGAUGGAGGUGGAUGGAUUGUCUUUUUAAGAAGGCAGGAUGGAGAACAGGAUUUCUACCAGAACUGGAGGACUUAUGAAAAUGGCUUUGGAGAUCCCAAGAAGGAAUUCUGGAUAGGUCUGGACAAGCUUCACAAGAUCACUUCUCAGGGCCAGUAUGAACUGCGAGUGGAUUUGCGUGACCACGGAGAGACCGCUUAUGCCCUUUACGAUAAAUUUACCGUGGGAGAUUCCAGGUCACGCUACCGACUGAAAGUGGAUGGAUACAGCGGCACAGCAGGUGAUUCCAUGACCUACCAUAAUGGACGGUCCUUUUCCACUUUUGAUAAAGACAAUGACUCAGCCAUCACUAACUGUGCUUUGUCAUACAAGGGAGCCUUCUGGUACAAGAACUGCCACCGAGUCAACUUGAUGGGUAGAUAUGGGGACAACAGCCACAGCCAGGGCGUCAACUGGUUCCACUGGAAGGGCCACGAAUACUCCAUCCAGUUUGCAGAGAUGAAACUGAGACCCUACAGCUUCCGGAAUCUAGAAGGGAGACGGAAGAGAGCCUAAACACGCCAUGGGUGGG